CAAACCGCCUGCUUCUCAAUCCUCGACUUUGUCGAUUUUGCGCGCCGUGUCGCCUUGGGACCAUUUUCUGGUCAGGGCUGCAAGCAUUGCUAUCUGCAGUGUCCGGAUAUGCGAGUCAAGUAGUACACAAGCCGGCAGGGUUUGGGCUAUCAAUAGCGUUCUGUGUUUACAAUGUCCCGGGACUCUGACUGGUUCUGGUCAGUGGAGCAUCAAGACUAUUAUAAAGCUGUAUAUAAUGCGGAUGGUAGUCUUGUAAGAUACGUAUGGGCACGUGAAACCACAAACCCCACUCCGCAGGUGACUACUCAGGAAAUUGAAUCGGCCUGGGCCUGGUCGCAGGAUCAUCGAGACUGGUAUAAAGCUGUCUACGAUGCGGACGGAAGCGUUGCGAGAUACACAUGGGGAAGGGACAGCACAGCCCCGACUACACAGUCAGCUCCGCAAUACUCCAGCCCCACACCGACAUCUGGCUCAGCGCAAUAUUCGAGCCCGCCGCCUACAUACACCCCCGAUGCGCCCCGUCCAGAGCACCCUUCCCGGUCCUACUCGGCUCCUGCGAACACUUCUCAGGUAUGGAAGCGAAAUCAUUCUAAGAUAGAUUCUCUUAUAACAAGGCAACUAGUCAAAUAGGCAGGAUAUUGACAUCGCGGUACACCAUGCAAGUACGCCCGUACGAGCUGUCGCUGUGUUCGACACAGGCUCUGAUCAGCACAAUUGGAUUU